CGGUGAUGUAACCUUGAAACGCGGGUGGCGAGCUCGUCUAGGUCACAGACUCACAAGUAACACCUGAUCAGUCAUAUCGGUGAAGAGGGGAUGGAGAAAGACGAGUCACCAGAAUCAACGGCUUCGGUUGCGGUCAACUUGGGGAGGUCAAUCAUAGUACCCAGCGUGCAGGAGCUGGCGAGGGAGCCCAUCGUCAACCUCCCGCCUCGGUACGUGCGCUGCUCCGAUCAGGACCCUCCGCUCGUCUCCGGCGAUGCUUCCGAGUCCGUCCCCGUCGUCGAUGUUCAACGCUUGGCUCGCGGAGAUCCGCUGGAGCUGGAGAAAUUGCACUCCGCUUGCAAAGACUGGGGAUUUUUCCAGGUCUUAAAUCAUGGAGUUAGCGUGCCGUUGCUGGAGGAAUUCAAACAGGAAAUUGAGAGUUUCUUUGACCUUCCUUAUGAAGAAAAGCAAAAGCUGUGGCAACAACCGGAGAACCACGAAGGGUUCGGGCAGCUCUUUGUGGUGUCGGAGGAGCAGAAGCUAGACUGGUCGGACAUGUUCUACAUAACCACCCUGCCUCUCGGUCUGCGGAAGGCUAAUCUAUUCGAGAAGCUUCCUGAGAAUCUCAGGGACAAGUUAGAAGCAUAUUCAUUGGAAUUGAAAAAGUUAGCCCUGUCGAUCUUAGGUCACAUGGCGAGAGCUUUGAAGAUGAACGCCGAGGAGAUGAGAGAACUGUUUGGCGACGGUGUUCAAGCCAUGAGGAUGAAUUACUAUCCUCCAUGUCCGGAGCCAGACAUGGCCAUUGGUUUCACUCCUCACUCCGAUGCUGUUGCGCUGACAAUCCUUUUACAGCUCAACGAAACAGAAGGCUUGCAAAUCAGGAAGGAAGGAAGAUGGGUACCUGUAAAACCGCUUCAUAAUGCUUUUGUUGUCAACGUUGGUGACAUUAUGGAGAUUGUGAGCAAUGGCAUCUAUCGGAGCAUUGAGCAUCGGGCAACUGUGAAUUCCACUAAAGAGAGGCUCUCUAUAGCCACAUUUUACAGUUGCAGGCUAGAUACUGUCUUGGGACCAGCACCUAGCCUUGUUAGCAGCGAUAACCCUGCCAUUUUCCGGCAAGUCCCUAUGGAGGCAUACUUCAAGGAAUUUUUCAAUCGGAAAUUAAACGGAAAGUCAUACCUGGACUUCAUGAGAACUGCCGGUGCAUUGUAGGAUAUCGUGCAUUGGAGAUGUUGAGCAGAGAAAGUACCUGAAGCUCCUGACGUCGAAGCGGCCAUCUUGAAGUCUAGGAUUGUAGAGAAGAUUUGGAUCGGUUAUAGGUUUCUUAGCAUACCGACCACUUUGUAUUUGCAAUUAAAAGAAGAUUUGAUUGAAUAGAUUAACUUCUCAAGUUAUAUCAA